AUGAUUGCAGCAAUGGUUGCAACAGGUAUGUCCGUAAUUAUAAGAAUAGAAUUAUCAACAGGUAGUUCUCAAUUCCUAUUAGGUAAUAAUCAUGCUUUUAAUGUUUUAGUUACAGCACACGCUAUCGCUAUGAUUUUCUUAUUUGUAAUGCCAGUAUUAAUUGGUAGUUUUGGUAAUUUCUUUUUACCAAUAUUAAUAGGAGCAGUAGAUAUGGCAUUCGCAAGAUUAAACAAUAUUACUAUAGGUUCACAUUCUGGACCUAGUGUUGACCUUGCUAUAUUUGCUUUACAUUUAACAACUAUAUCAAGUCUAUUAGGAGCUAUUAAUUUUAUAGUAACAGUUUUAAAUAUGAGAACAAUAGGUAUUCAUAUGAUUAAUGCACCAUUAUUCGUAUGAGCUAUAUUCUUCACUGCUAUAUUAUUAUUAUUAUCUUUACCUGUACUUACAGCAGCAGUAACAUUAUUAUUAUUAGAUAGAAACUUCAAUACAGGUUUCUACGAAAUCGGAGCAGGUGGUGAUCCAAUAUUAUACGAACACUUAUUCUAUUUAAUAUCAAUUUAUUUAAUCAUUUCAUAUAAUAAUAUAUAUAUAAAUAAUGAAUUUAACUUCAAUGAUUUUUAUAAUAAAUAUAAUGAUUUAUAUGAAUAUAAGAAUAAACCGGAGAAAGAUUUCAUAGAAUGAUUUAUUGGAUAUUUUGAAAGUAAUGGGAUAUUUAAAUUAGGUAAAAGAG